AUGAUCCGUAUGACCCCGAGGGGGAUUCAGAUCCGCAACAUCAACAGACCAGGAUUGCUCCAAUACUGGUGCUACAUCCAGUGCAACAACUGCCACAGGGGAUGGAUCUGGAGGAGGAAGCUGAGCACUGCAGAAGACUGGCUUCUGGAGGCGCUCCUGGGUGUGAGCAGCAGUGCCAAGAUCAAGUACAAGGCAUUGAAGCAAUCCUUUGUUGUUCUCCUGCAAACCUGGGGGGUGCAGCUUCUCAAAGCCCACUGGGAGAUGGAUGACAGCAUGCUUGCUGGCAGAGCUGCUGACUCAGUGGGUGUGCUCUUGAAGCACUGGAGAAGACGCUCAUCCAGUGAAGUUGCUUGGGGCAAGUUGGUUGGGAAGCUGGAUGAGUCUGAGGCAGCUGCUCUGGAGAGGCUGAGAAAAAAGACAACCUGGGAUGGCAAGCAGGAGCCCAAAAAAAGGCAGCUCAAACUCCACAACUCUGAGGUCAGCCAGGACAGCCAUGGAUGGCCAAAAAUGGUGGCCCAGCCUGUGCCCAGUGAAGCAGAAGACUCAGGUGAUGAGGAAAUGGAAUCUGAAAGCCAAUCAGGAAGUGGCAGCAGCUGCAAGCUUUCAGGUCUGGAUGAGAGCCCCCCUCCUUGUUUGAAGAAGGACUGGAGGGCAAAUGCCAUGAAAAGGCCAGCUGCUGAGUCUGAGAGCAUCAUGAAGAAGCCUUCUUCAAGCUCUUCCAAGUCUGAGGAAGUGAAGGCCAAGCCUCCUUUGGGCCCUGGGAAAGGGCCAACCUCGGGCACUGAGAAAGUGCUCAUUGACCAAGGCAGUAUCAGCACUGGUGGUGGCAAGAACCAAAGCUACUUGCAACAUCAGCCUGGGCCUGGGAAGAACAAGAGACUCAUAGCUGCUGUGACCUUGAGCCAAGCCAGCAGAACAACAAAGAACCACCAACAACUGGUUCAGCUGAGAAACAGAACUCCAGUGCCCAAGCCCCUCUGGGCAGACAUGGUGGACCCCAGCAGGGAGAAGAAGCAAGUGGAGAAGGAAAAGGAGAAGAAUGCCAAAGAAGAGCCCAUGGAGGAGGAGUGGUGGGAAAAGGACUGGAAAGAUUCCAGGAAGACUUGGAAUGACUGGUGGCAAGAGAAAGAGGAUGAGUGGAGUGACUGGAAAACAUGGGAGAAGGAGGAGGAGGAAGCAGCUGCUGCCAAAGCAAGAGAAGAUCAGAAGCAGCCUGCAAAAACCAAGAAGGAAGAGCCAGAGGAGGAGAGAAAUGUCCUGAGGGGCCCUGAGGCGAGGUGGAAAAACAGAACUGGGUCUUCAAAGCAGAAGUCCAAACUCAGGUGGGCUGAGAACAAGGCACUGGAAGAAGGAGAAGACCCAGAGAUGGUGAAGCUGGGUGCUAUGGGGGCCUCCAGGAUGAAGAGGCUGGUCAGCAGGCAGGAGGACAGAAUGUCCCACAAGGAGACUGUGGCAGCUGCAGAGAGGGCAGCAAAGGAUGCAGCUCAGGCAGCACAGUCUGCCAAGGACACUGCCCAGCUGUGGGCCUGGCAGAGCUGGCAGUGGCAGCAGGCCUACUGGGGCCAAGGACAGAUGGAGCAGGCCUAUGGGACCACCUGGCCCAAUGCCCAGGCCAGCACCUGGCAGCCUACUGCUCAGGCCAGCAAUGCCCAGGCCAGCACCUGGCAGAGUCCCUGCCAACCCACAGCCCAUGGGGCCUAUAUGCAGUACACCCCCAUGUGGACAGCAGCCCACAGCCCACAGCCCAGAGCGCACAGUGACUUCCUGGACUCCAAGGUGGCUGGAAGCAAAGCAGCUGGCACCAAUGCAGCUGGAGGAGGAGAAAAUCCCAAAAAAACGACCAGGGAUGACAAUGCUGAGGAGGGCAACUACCUGAGGGCAAAGUCCAGGGCACAGCCUCCCAAAAAUUGGGAAGGAUGGAAAGAAGGCCUUGCAAAAGGGCUUACAAAUCUGAAACCAAGGGCUUUGCAAAAGAGCUCUGAAAGGCCCAGUCAUGCCAAGCUGUACUUGCCAGCAACUUUUGGCUUAGUAGCUGCUGUUCUUUUCGGUGAAAAGGCCUUGGGAAAGGGCUUGAGCAAAAUGCCACCCAAAGCCAUGAAAGCCAUGAAGGUCUUGAAGCUCAACCUCAAAAGGCCAGCUGCCAGUGGCUUGGAAAGCCUUGAAAGAAAAGAAGGGAUGAGCCUGGAAGACAAGAUGGAGCUCUUCAGGAAGAAGGGGAACAAGGAUGUGGGUUCCUUUUUGGAUUCCCUGACUAAGCAGCAAAGGGAAGCUUUGUGGCAGAGGUUUGCCAGUGCAAGGGCUUCUCUGAAGGAUGGUGAGGCUGAUGCCAUGUGGGCAGAAGUGGCCAAGGGCAAGGGGUCAGAUGGCCCAAAGAAGAAGCUGCUGGGCACCUUCUUGAAGCUGGGGGGUGACCUGAAAGGCAAGAAGGACCUCUGGCACAAGGAGCUGCUGACCUACAGCAAAAGCAGUGGUGAAAGGCACACUGAGGAGUGGGUGCCCUUCCAAGCCAUCCUCAAGAGGUUUGGGCUGCAGGAAUGCCUCAGGAGGGUCAAGAGAGGAAGCAUUGCCUGCAGAAGGGACCCAGCUGACAGACAUGAGUGGCAGUUCAGCUUGAGAAAGUCUGUGGCAUGGACUGAGGAGGAGGCCAGGCAUAGCUUCCAAGGUGAAAGCAAUGUGAAGGUUGAAGCAGCACACUGGCUGGAGCUGAAAGCAAAGGGGUUGCUGGAGGAUGGAGCUGAGGACAAGACCCUGGCAGACAAGGCCCUCCAGGAUGUCUUGCCCAGUAACAGCAAGGGCUCCGGCAACAAGCAGCCCCUGGCCUUGAAAGACAAGAGUGAGGAUGAGAAGGAAGAUGAAGAUAGCCCUGACAAAAAAAGAGACAAGGAUGGCCAAGUGGCAGAGGCUGAAGUCCUGUCUGAGGUGGGCAAGGCCCUGCCAAAGAAGGAAGCUGCUCUCAGGGUCACCAGGAUGGUCAAGCUACUGAAGGCAGUCAAAAAGGAUGUUGGUGCUGCAAAGGGAAAGCCUUUGGAUGAAUGCCUGGCAAAGCUUGAGAAGCUGCACAAGAUGGGGGACAAGGUAAGCCUGGAGGAUGCGAAGGGGAAGCUCUUUGAUGCUGCCAUCCAGAUCAAGAAGGGGCCAUCUGUCCAAGCUCUUGCAUUGGCAGCAACCAAGAGUGGUGCUAACUCUGCUGAUUUGCAGCAAUUGGCUUCACUGGGGAACUAUGGGAGGUCUUCUGAGCACAUAGCCUCCCAAAUGAUUUCCAAGUAUUGCAAGUCAGACAGCAUCAAGCUUCCUGAGCCCUACUUUGUUGACACCCCUGUUCGUGUGAGAACUGCAGAUGACUGGGUGGUUGCUGUCAAGCCAGUGGCAUUGUACUUGCCACAUGAGUGGUUUGCAUGGCUACAGCUAGAGGAGCAAGCUGCUGGCUUUGAGCAACUGGAGGAAUUCUGGGAGAAUCAUCCCAUGGGUGACCCCAAAUUGGAUGGCAAUCCAAUCAUGGAAGGAUGUGGCAAGUACCUGCCCCUCAUUCUUCAUGGGGAUGGUGGGGCAUUCCAGCGAGCAGAUAGCAUUCUGGUGCUGAACAUGAGAUCACUGCUAUCUUCAUCCAGUGUAGCCCACAGCCAGAUGCUCCUCCUAGCCCUUCCAAAGUCUGCAAUCCACAAAUCUGAGAUUCUUGCUGAAGAUACCAUGCAUUGCCUCUGGUCAGUGCUGACCUGGUCAAUGCAGCAUAUGUACUUCGGCAAAUUUCCAGAGAAAGCUGCAGAUGGCAAAGACUGGCAGCACAAGUCAGCAAGGGGCCAAAAGGCAGGAACCUUGUUGAAUUCUGCAGGGCUUUGUGGAAUGAUCUUUGCCAUCACAGCAGAUGGCGAGUUCUUUCAAAAUGAAUACAAGCUGCCAGGAAGUUCCCAUGCAGAGUGCUGUUGGAGCUGUGGGGCAAACAGGUCCAGUCACCCACACAAUGACUAUAGAGCUGGAGCCAAAUGGAGGGAGACCAUCAAGAACCAUAAGGACAGCAACCCCACAGACCACCUGAUCAUGACAGUGCCAGGCAUCAAUGGCUACACCUUGGCCUAUGACUCUCUGCACAUCUUGGAGCUGGGUGUUUCAGCCCACAUUGUGGCCAACUUCAUGUUCGACAUGGUGGUGAAGGCAGAAUUGCCAGGCAGCUCUUUUGAAGCCAGGCUGAAGGAACUUUUCAGAAAACUGUCUGGCUUAUACACUGAGCUGGCCACAGACUCCAGCAACCAAGUGAGAAGACUUCACUUGUCCACUUUCUGCCAGCCCAACAAGAAGUGGGACAGUUUUCCUGAGCUCUCAGGUGUGAAAGCAAAACAGGUGAGACACCUCAUCCCUCCACUCCUGGAACUCAGCCAGGAUUUGGUCGAUGAGAGCUCUUACAAAAAGCACAGGCUUGAGUGCAUCAAGAACCUCAACCAAAUGUAUGAAGCUAUGGAGUGCCAGGGGCUGCAUCCUGAUGAGUCAGCAUAUGAGCAGUACAAGAGGAGCACAGAGAAAUGUUUACUCCAUUACAGCAAGCUUGCCAAGAUUGCAAUCUCUCAGAGCAUUCUUCAAUGGAACACUGUGCACAAGCACCACUUGGCUUGCCAUAUGCCAGAACAAUUUAGGCACUUGAACUGCAGGUUUGUGUCAACAUACUCUGGUGAAACAAUGGUGGGCUUCAUGGCCUCUCUUGGGCACGCCUGCCUCAAUGGCACUCCUCCACAUUUGGUGCCUGCAAAGGUUGCCUGGAGAUAUAGAUUGGGACUGCACCUGAGGGUGACACAUGGUGACUUUGACCUGGUGGAUUCUGAAGAGGGACUGUGA